AUGCUCUAUUCCAUUCAAAAAGGACUGUAAAGAAUAGAUAUAUUUGGCCAAACUAUCACUCUUAAUAUGAAUAAGAAUGCUUAUUAUACAACUUCAUUUGGCGGAUGUUCUUCAAUUAUGAUUAUUUGUUUGUUGAGUUUAAUCUUCUAUUCCAACAUUGCUGACUUUUUUACAAAAGCAAAUGUCUAUUACAAUUCAUAGACAGCAUUUUCAAAUGAUCCUAAUUAUAUGAAAAUGAGUGAUGAAAAUGCAAUGUUUGCUUUAUCAAUAGAUUAGAACAAUUACACCAAUUUUCCAUUUUUUAAUAUAACCAUGGAAUAGAGGUCUUUGGAUGGAACUAUUAAAAAAUCUACAACGCAGAUACCUCUAGAACCUUGUACUUUGAAUAGAUUUAAUAAUGUCGUUGAAUAUCAGGGUUUUGAUACUAAUUUUAAUGAUUCCUUUAACUACUUAGGCAUGGAUUAAUGGUUAUGUCCAAAGGUCAACUAUUCUUUGGAGUUGUAAGGAACUUACUCUAGUGAAACCUUUAAAUUUAUUAAAAUUAUUGUGUCAGAUUGCCAAAAUAACUCUAAUUCCACCUAUUGGAAUCCGAUUUGCGCUAAUGAAACUGCAAAAUCGCAAUAUUUAUAAGCAAAUGGGUAAUUUAAGCUUUAAGUUUUUCAAAUAAAUACAAUGGUAAAUCCGUAAAAGGCUAAAGACCAUAAAACUAUGUAUUUAGAUAGUGAUAUGUACUUUUCCUUUGUACCAAAUCAGCUAUCAAGACUAGCCAAUGUGUAUUAUAGAUCAUAUGUGAUUAAUAAUGAUUUGAGUCUAUUACCUUAUGAAGAUAUUCAAAAGGAAGAAAUAAUUGUGAGGAAAGCCGAAGAUUUUAGAGAUCUAACUGAAUUAGGAAGAAACACUGAUAGUAUAUAUGCAACAAUUUAUUUGAGAAGAAGUCCUUUUACUGAAAUUAUAGAUAGAAAUUAUGAAAAGCUUGGUGAUCUCUUAUCAUAUUUAGGAGGUUUCAUGUAAAUUUUUAAAGUCAUAUUUGGAUUCUUUAUUGCAUUUUAUAAUAGAACAUCUAUGUUAAUAGAGUUAUCAAAUAGAUUAUACGAUUUUAAAGAAGUCACGAAUCGAUCCUAUGUUAGAAAAGGGGCGUUUGAUUAAAAUCUAGGAGUAAUAACAACUCCGCCAGAUGAAAUGAACAUUAUCUUAAAUAAUCAACCUAAUCCUGACUUGUAAAAAGUAGAGUGGAAAUAAUUCAUUCACAAAUUGGUGGAAAGAUCACAACCUAUCAAAUUAAAUUUGAAGAUUCUAAUAAAUGAAUUGAGUUGUGGAUAUUUCUUCAACAAUACUAACUCAUCCUUUUUUACAAAAGCCAUGAUGAAGAUUAAUAAUGAAUUGGAUUUGCAUAAUAUUCUUCACCAAUUAUAAGAAAUUUCAAAAUUGAAAUCCGUUUUACUAUAAAAACCACAAUAAAUUCUCUUUAAUUUCACUCCAAAGCCAAUCAUUACUCUAAGUUAAGAGAAUAAUGUACCUUCAAGAAUUGAACUCGACUAUUAGAAUCGCUAAUCUUAUAUAAGAAAUAAGGAAGAAACUCCGAAUGAAGAGUUAUUUACUUCGCUUUAGGAGGCAUAUAGAACAGUCAUAGAUGAGAUGGAGAAUAAUGAAAGUAGUUUAAUCUGUUAAAAGACAAUCAAUUUUAAGUUGACUAAACAAAUAGAUGAUGAAUUAGGAAAAUUCUUAAGAAGCAGACAUAUGAGUUGCAUUCAUCAAGAGGAAAAAGCUUGA